UGACUCAUCGGCUUUGGCUUCACUACUGUGAACGUUCACAACUUGAACAAGAGACGCAAGUGGACUCGUGAAAGUCGUUCGUUCAUUUUGGGUGGACAUUGAGAAGCAACCACAUCGACCACCGAGCGACUUUAUUCAAUCAUUCAUUGCGAUUCCGUGCGCUCGGCAUGCUUCGCUUGUGCCCGCCGGCGGCAGCCGCGCUUCGUUGUGUGGCGGUGGCCGUUCGUCCGGGGAAGCUCCCGGGCGAUGCAGCGAGUCAGUGGCCUCGGCGCCUGCUCGGAACUCACGGCCGCAACGAGCCCAGAGAGCGGCUCAACUCGCCCAGGCGGGCCAAAGAGUUCAUCUACCAACUGCAGGCCCGCGAGAGGGCCUGCUUGCUAAAGGAACUCCAGGACUUCGAGUCCAUUGCCAUCGCUCAAGAAACAGUGGAAUCUUCGCCACCCACCGCGGCUCAGAUCCGAUAUGUUUUAUUCCACAACACUCUUCCCUUCAUCGGCUUUGGUUUCCUGGACAAUGCCAUCAUGAUCUCAGCUGGGACACAGAUUGAGCUUUCCAUUGGAGUCACGCUGGGAAUCUCCACCAUGGCCGCCGCCGCCCUGGGGAACCUGGUGUCCGACUUGGCGGGUCUCGGCUUGGCAGGUUACGUGGAGGCGCUGGCGUCCAGACUGGGAAUGCGGGUCCCGGACUUGACGCCAAAACAGGCCGACAUGUGGCAGACCAGGCUCAGCUCACACGCAGGCAAAGCCAUCGGGGUCUUCAUCGGCUGCGUCUUGGGAAUGUUCCCGCUUUUUUUCACUGGUUGCGGCGACGAGAAGGCAAAGGCGGACAAAGCGGCGGAGGAGGCAGCACCGUCCUAACACGCAAAGCGGACGGGCCUCCAAUUGUGGUGAAGACGUGGAUGAAAAAGGCUUUGUGACUCUUUUUGCCCUCCCCAUGGGAGCGCGCUACAAUCACGGCGAAAGUGGUUGAUGCAGUUUUGCUGCCGCAAGUAACACUCCUCCGCUUUGGGACUGACAAAUUGAGGACCCUAUGUGCAAAUCCACUCUGCCGUCGUUCCUGUCCUCACUUUGCCUGCACCCAAAAUGAAAAAGGACAAAAUCCAGAUUGCUCCAUCCGUGCCUUCUUUUUGUCAUUGGAUGCGUUGCACCCAUUUCUCUUCUGUGAUGCCAUCAAGUGGAGUAAAAGUCCCAUGUUAUUUUGCAGUAAACA